UUAUUCCCUCUCAGUGUGUGUUGGAAGGGCCAAAUACCCCAAACCCUUGACCCACCCCACUCCCAUCCAAUAUUCUUCUUCAUGCUCAGCUCCAUUUCCACCACACAAAUUCUUCAAUCUUUUCUCACUCCCUCUUUCUCUCUGCCAAACCAAAGCCAUGAAUCAUCAUCAAUCAGGUCUCAAGCGUGCCAAAGAUCCAAUUCUAUUCCUCUUCUUACUGCUCCUCCUCUUCAUCUUCCACUUGGUUAUGCUUGAAGGAUCCUCUCAAUCUCAUGCAGUUGAUGAGCCAUCAGAAUCACCGGGACUGGCCGGAAAACUGCUGCUGCAGCCAUUGACCACCGCCCCGGAGUUCAGAGUUGACAUGGAAUCAGCGGGAAGGAGGCGGUUGGCACCUUUCCAGCUGUGUUUGGCGUGCAAGUGUUGUGUGUCAGCUGCAGACCCAAACACCUGCGCUACCAUGCCUUGCUGCUUCGGGAUUGACUGCCAGCUUCCAAACAAGCCUUUUGGGGUCUGCGCUUUUGUGCCCAAGACUUGCAACUGCACCUCCUGUGCUGUCUAGCCAUCAUACGAUUCAAAUACCUGUGGAAAAUGAUUGUUGCAUACUAACAAGUAGUACAUGUCUGGUACGAUUUCGGGAAAAAAGAGGAAGGAAAGCAUGAAAACAAGUUUAUAAAGAAAGGAAAAAGAAUAGUAGUACAUAGAUAGUGUUCCUCAAUAGGUUCUGAUUGAGCUCCUGAGGAAAUUCAGAUGUAUACAAGAGUAUUUUGUUUUAUAAUCUGAUGAAUUAUAGUAAAAUUGAAAGACAAAAGGUUUUGUUUAUUGAA